CAUUCAAGCACUGCGUCAUACCACCAUGCAGGUUACCGAGGAAGAAUCAUCUGAAUUCUGAACGUCUGCAACUACAAACGAUUUGAUUAGGCAAACUUAGUCUUAUAAAUAAAUACAAACAAUAUAAAUUGAUUGGUACACUUUGUAAUUGUUACAGCAUUAAAGACAACAGUGCUUUAUAAGUUUAAGCGUUUAGUCUUACAGCGUUUUUAUGGUAGGGUUGACAUGCAAGCGUCAACAUCUGGAGCUAACAAUGAGACAAGAGACCGCAGGGUUACUGAAAAUGAGUCAAAAAUACACUUUAAAGUCUGCCGCUUUAUUAUGGAAACAGGGGUAAAGUUGGGCAUGAGGUCUGUGCCCAUGGCUACAGCAUGCGUGCUGUAUCACAAGUUCUUCAAGUCUGCAAGCCUGCAAGUCUAUGAGCCAUACCUGGUGGCCAUGUCUGCAAUCUACCUCGCAGGCAAAGUAGAGGAGCAACAUCUCAGAACAAGAGACAUCAUCAAUGUCUGUCACAGGCAUUUUCAUCCGGAAAGUGAUCCACUGGAACUGGAUGGGAAGUUUUGGGAGUUGAGGGACAGUAUAGUACAGUGUGAGCUGCUCAUCCUACGACAGCUUAACUUUCAAGUGACCUUCGAGCAUCCACACAAGUACCUGCUGCACUUUCUGCUCUCUGUAAAGAGUCUGUUGAAUCGCCACGCUUGGUCCCGAACCCCAAUUGCUGAAACGGCCUUGGCUAUGUUAAAAGACAGUUAUCACGGUUCUGUGUGCUUCCGACAUAAGCCUCAACACCUCGCCAUCACCUGCCUCUAUCUUGCUCUCCAGACGUAUGGAGUGCAGCUUCCCAGGGGCGAGCUAGAAUGGUGGCAGGUGUUUUGUGCAGACAUCACCAAGGAUGCAAUUGAGACCAUCAUGAAUGAAUUACUUCAGCUCUAUGACAUGGAGGCCAAGUGUACUUGAGAGCAAAUAAAUAAACAGGUAUUAAAACUCUGGCGUGGCAGCCGACACUUCCCACUGUCCAUAUUCCACAGAGACUGUAACCGCCUGAGGUCUAUGACGAUGGUUUAACACAAGCUGGAUCUGCCAUCUCCUGAUGUUGUGAUAUAACCCAAUGAGCUCUAAUUACAUCACAGAGCGUGAAGGUGUAGAAAAGCUUUCCAGGAAUGACUGUGAAGAAUGAUGAGGAGAAUUAAGAUAAGAAUAAGGUUUGGAUGUGGGAGCGUGGCAGUGUGAAAAAACAACAGAAUUUAGCCACACCACAUCAAUCAUUUCCCAGCUACCGACCUACUUUCUUCCUACAUUGUGCUAUUUUCCCCCUAAAGAGAGGAAGUGAAAUAACAUUAGCUGGAUGAAGGUAGAAUGAAACAAAAGAAGUGCCAAUCUGUCCUUUGAGCUGACAUGCAACCGGAUAUGUGCCAUUGCUUUGAUCUUUUAUAGUUUAAUUACUUUUCAUACAGAUAUCAAUAGGAUUGUCUAAAAGGCAGUAUUAAUGUAUGGCAUGAUGCAAAGUAUCACAAUUGUAGUAGACAUCAUCAUCAUCAUCGUCUUGUCUCGGGACUGUAAACUCACCGUUGCCUCAUGUAGACAUGAACAGAUAAAAGGACUCUGUAUUCAAAAUGGUAAUUUUUAAUAAAUAAUGUUUUUUUACUAAA